GCAUGUGUUCCUAAGGGACAGAAGGAAAACCCAUGCAAAAGCUAAGCUCCCUCCAGGAUCAAUGGGGUGGCCUUACAUUGGAGAGACCCUUCAGCUCUACUCUCAGAACCCCAACAUCUUCUUUGCAUCCAAACAGAAAAGGAAAAACGAAAAGAAACAGUGAGAAAGAAAGAGAAGAAAACAGAACCUGGGAAACACCAGAAAACAUUGCUAGACCGAACACAACCACAUUUCUGUGAAACUCGACAUGGAACCCAAGUUCCAGCAUUUAUUUUCAUAGCUUUGAUCAAAUUGCGUAACUGGCUUUCGUGACGUCUGUCUAAAAAUAGAAACUUCUGCGGUUUCUCAGGUACGGGGAGAUAUUCAAGACGCACAUCCUGGGCUGCCCGUGCGUGAUGCUGGCGGGCCCAGAGGCUGCACGGUUCGUGCUGGGGACGCAGGCUCACCUAUUCAAGCCCACUUAUCCAAGGAGCAAGGAGAGACUGAUCGGACCAUCCGCCCUCUUCUUCCACCAGGGUGAAUACCACACUCGUGUCAGGAAGCUCGUCCGGGCAUCCCUCUUUCCUGAGGCCAUUGGGAAGAUGGCCCCUCACGUCGAGUCGCUAGCCCUCUCCGUGUUGGAUUCCUGGAAUUUUGGACGUGUCAUUAACACCUUCCAUGAAAUGAAAAAGUUUUCUUUCGAGGUCGGUGUUCUGGCGAUUUUUGGCAACUUGGAGGGGCAUUACAGGGAACAGCUGAGAAAAGAUUACUGCAUAAUGGAUAGAGGCUAUAAUUCAUACCCUACCAACAUUCCAGGAACUUCGUAUCGGAAGGCCGUAUUUGCUAGGAGGAGGAUGAGCAAGAUUUUGACUGACAUAAUAUCGGAGAGGAAGGAGAAGAGGUUGCUCGACAAGGAUCUCCUCGGACUUCUGUUGAACUCCCAGGACGAAUGCGGGGAUGUCCUUAACUUAGAGCAAAUCUCAGAUAACAUAAUUGGAGUGCUGUUUGCUGCUCAGGACACAACUGCUAGUGUCAUGACAUGGAUCCUCAAGUACCUCCAUGACAACCCAAAGCUCCUCGAGGCCGUUAAGGCCGAGCAAGAGGCAAUUCGAAGAUCGAAUCAAGAAGAGAGCAAAUCACUGAGCCAGGCUCAGAUUAGACAAAUGCCGUUGACUAAUAAGGUUGUGUUAGAGACUUUGCGAAUGGCAAGCAUUAUAUCUUUCACUUUCCGGGAAGCAAUGGCGGACGUAGAAUACAAGGGGUAUCUGAUUCCUAAAGGUUGGAAGGUAAUGCCUCUGUUUAGGAAUAUCCACCACAACCCAGAUUACUUCAUUGACCCGGAAAAGUUCGAUCCCUCAAGAUUUGAGGUUGCGCCGAAACACAAUACGUUCAUGCCAUUUGGCAGCGGAAUACAUUCCUGCCCUGGAAAUGAGCUUGCCAAGCUGGAAAUGCUAGUCUUGAUCCACCACCUUGUCACAAAAUUCAGGUGGGAAGUGGUAGGAUCUGAAAAUGGCAUUCAGUAUGGCCCAUUCCCCGUGCCCUCGAAUGGACUACCAGCAAGAUUUUGGAAGGAAUCCCCCAUUCCGGGGCAAUGUGGAUGCGCAUGAAAGAAUUCUUUCAUCAACCAAAGACAUUACUUGUGUUCAACCUUCCCAAUGUCAUUUCCCUUUCGACAUUCUUGCUGUUGCCAUCGCUUUCUCUUAUUCCUUUAAGGAGAAAAAAAAAUCCAAAAAAAGAUAAAGAAGAAAAACAAAAAAGAGAUGUGUAAUAGAGAGCACUCUUCUAGUUUAGGUCUUUACUUUGUAUGUAGCAAACCCCCCUCCAAAAAAAGAUUGGGGAAGCUACUCAAAUUUAUUAGUACCAAAGAUUAGUUCAACUCGAUUUGCCCCCC